AACUAGCAGAUAAAACGAAUAAUAUUCAUAUCUGGACUAGGUAGCCUAACAACGAGAAUAUCGAAUCUGGGGAAGAAGAAGAAAAGGAAAUCUAUCUAGGCGAUGAACGGACUUUAUAGGCAUUUGUGUGGUACGGCUUAAGCCCUUGUUUGCCCAUAUUGCUUGUAUGGCAUCGUUUGAUAUGUUGGCGCUGUUUGUCUGGCGUUGAGCCGUUGAGCCGUCACAAUUCCCACCACAUACAACCCACUUUCUACAACCGCUUGAUGGCAUCCCUUUCAAACUAUAUAAGCAUUAUCAUGGUGGUGAUGUUUGUGAGGCAGCAAAAGAUGGGUAUGAUACUUUUGAGAGGCAGGAAUUCCUUGCAAAACUUCCUAGUCUUCAACAAAUGACAUUUUCUGGAAGAACAAUCCAAUAUUCAUUCAAAUCAUGUGGCAUAUUUCCUUUUGAUCCAUUUAUUGUUUUGGAUCCAUUAAAAAGGAAGCUGCCUUUGGACAAUGAGAAUCCUCUGGAAAUGUGGUUUGGAGAAGGGAAUGGGCCUACUGGGAGUCCUAAAUCUACUACUCCAUCAUCAAUUACCUCUUCACCAAAGACACUCCAGCGCUUUCAGAAAGAUAUUAAGAAGGUGCAGAGAGGUCUAAAUGGUAUUGAAGAGGCUCUAGACUCUCUUUCUCCUCAUCUUAAAGGGCAGAUCGAUCGAGUUCUCAGUGGUGGGCUUUUUCAAGCAGAGGCUAAUGCCCAUCGUGAGGAAGAGGUUAAUAGGCUUUUGACCUCUGCCAAACAAAGGAAUAAGCCUCGAUCUCGCAGACUAGUGAAAGGUCCUGCCUCAUUGAGUGAUACAGGCUACUUAACUGUUAAAGAUGCCAAACACCAUAUUAAUAGGCGUGUAGAGAAGGAAAAGCAUCAGGGUCAGGGUAGGAAGCGGCGGCAUCAGCAGGAUGAUAAGGAGAAUACCCCCGUAAAUACUGCAGAUAAUAGCUAAAUUUUAUAUUCCUAUGAUAGAGUAGGACCUAGAUUAUAUAGAAAUUAAUU